AUGGAUCAAUCGGCCCGGGCUGAGCAAGAGGAAGUCAUUGCUAAGAUUCGAAGCGUUCCAGGUUUCGAGAGCUUCCUUGAAGCUACACCAUUCAGGGUACUGCAGCAAGCAGCUUCGGAAGGUCCCGUUAUCAUGGUUAACCACUGCAAACACCGUUCCGAUUGUCUCAUCAUUCUCGCGCGCGAUGACCCGUCGGUGACCUGUGUUCCGUUAGACAAUGAGUUUUACGAGGAUAGUAUCAGUCUGUGCCAAGAGCUUGUGGGGACGCGCCGAAGGUUCAACGCCGAUUCGAGUGCUUAUGAUAAAAAGCUUCGUGAAGCGAUGAAGAUGAUAUGGGAUAGAGUUGUUUCCAAGGUCGUCAUUGAACUUGAAAAAAUUGGAGUGACCAAAGGCUCCCGCAUCUGGUGGUGUCCUACAUCCGUGUUGUCCGCGCUUCCGUUCCAUGCAGCAGGGCCAUUUGAGGAUGCCGACGGCACCAGGAAAUACCUAUUGGAUGAUUAUAUCUCGUCAUAUACGCCAUCGCUCGGAGCCCUCAUAAAUGCACGGUCAGGAGGCCACGAAGACGAUCCGACGGUGCUGGUUAUCGGAGAUACCUCACUUUGGUCGGCUAAGCAGGAAAUUUCCAAUAUCCGGAAUUGCAGAAUGGGUACCAAAUUACUCGUCGGAAAGAAAGCGUCUCGUGAUGAAGCGAUCAAAGCUGUCCAGGAAGCGCCAUGGGUCCAUUUUGUUUGUCACGGCUUCUUGAGUUCAAGUCCUUUCAACUCUUCAUUCAACUUAUCGGGUGGUGGGCUAACGAUGCUCGAUAUCAUCCAGACCAGUCUUCCAAAUGCGGAGUUUGCGUUUCUUUCUGCCUGUCAUACUGCGGAACAGUCUCACAAUGGUGCUCAUGACGAGGUUCUUCACCUUGCAGCGGCCAUGCAAUUUUCAGGUUUCCGAAGCGUAAUCGGUUCGAUGUGGGAGCUACUUGAUACGGAUGGUCCUACGUUUGCUAAGGCUGUUUAUGAGUACAUAAACGUAUGUGAGGAGGAAGAGGUGAAGUAUAAGAGGGCAGCUGGGGGUCUUCGCAAAGCAGCUUUGGAGCUGAAAGCGAGGGAGGGGAUUCAGACUGAACGAUGGGUCAAUCUUGUGCAUAUAGGUGCUUGA